CCAGCCAGAUGACUCUUGGGCCUGGGGAACAAGAGUUCACCAGCCCUGCUGGUGGGAGAGGAAGAGGCUGGUCUUUGUGAAUGGAAGGACAGACCAGAGACGUGGUUUGCAAAGCAGCGAAUCACAGGUGGACAGAUCCCGGGUCCACAUGGCUCAGUAGAAGAUGAAGCCCAACCUGGCAGGCUCCUCCCCAGAGGCCUGCAAGGCUACAGCGCAGGGCGAGCAGAGCUGCCCUGUCUGCCAGGCCUGGGCUGGGGUCUCAAGCCUGGGGUCUGAGGCAGGGCCUGGGCCGGGGCCUGGUGCUGCGUCCAGACCUGGGCUGGGGCCUGGUGCUGGGUCAGGACCUGGACCUGGGCCUGGUACUGUGCCAGGGCCUGGGCCGAGUCCUGGUGCUGCUCCGGGGCCUGGGUUGGGGCCUGGUGUGGUUCUAGAACCUGGAUCAAGGCCUGGUGCGGCUUCGGGAGCUGGGCCGGGGACUGGAGCAGUGUCAGGGCCUGGGAAGGAGCCUAGUGCUGUUCUGGGACCCAGACAAGGGCCUGGCGCAGUGUUGGGGCCUGGACCAGGGCCUGGUGCUGCCUCGGGGCCUGGACCGGGGCCUGGACCAGGGCCUGGUGCUCCUUCGGGGCCUGGACCAGGGCCUGGUGCUGCCUCGGGGCCUGGACCAGGGCCUGGUGCUGCUUCGGGGCCUGGACCAGGGCCUGGUGCUGCCUCGGGGCCUGGACCAGGGCCUGGUGCUGCCUCGGGGCCUGGACCAGGGCCUGGUGCUGCCUCGGGGCCUGGACCAGGGCCUGGUGCUCCUUCGGGGCCUGGACCAGGGCCUGGUGCUCCUUCGGGGCCUGGACCAGGGCCUGGUGCUCCUUCGGGGCCUGGACCAGGGCCUGGUGCUCCUUCGGGGCCUGGACCAGGGUCUGGUGCUUCUUCGGGGCCUGGACCAGGGCCUGGUACUGCUUCAGCACCUGGACAAGCUCUGGGGCCUGGGCCAGGAGCUGGGUCAGUACCUGGUUCAGGAGCUGCACCUUUAUCUGGGUCAGGGGUAGGGCCCGGGCCCAGACGGGAAUCAGGGGCUGGGCAGAAACCCAGUGAGCCAGUGACAGCCCCAGUGCCAGUACUGCAGCAGAAGACUCAGGCCACACCUGUGCAGGCCUCUAAGCAGAAGGUUCUGGUGACUGGAGGAGGAGGCUACCUGGGCUUUAGCCUGGGUUCCAGCCUGGCCAAGAGCGGCACUUCUGUCAUCCUGCUCGACCUCCGCAGACCCCAGUGGGUGCUGUGCCCGGGGACCGAGUUCAUCCAGGCUGAUGUCCGCGAUGCAGAAGCCCUGCACCGCGCCUUCGAAGGCGUGGACUGUGUGUUCCACAUGGCCUCCUGCGGAAUGUCUGGUGCCGAGCAGCUGCAAAAAGAGCAGAUUGAGUCUAUAAAUGUUGGAGGCACCAGACUAGUGAUUGAUGUUUGUGUCCACCGGCGGGUUCCAAGGCUUGUCUACACCAGCACCGUCAAUGUCGCAUUCGGCGGGAAGCCCAUAGAACAGGGCGAUGAGGACUCUGUGCCAUAUUUCCCACUGGAGAAGCACGUGGACCACUACUCCCGAACCAAAGCCAUUGCUGACCAGUUGAUCCUCAUGGCCAACGGGACGCCUCUCCCAGGAGGAGGCGCUCUGCGGACAUGUGUGCUCCGGCCCCCAGGGAUCUACGGCCCCGAAGAGCAGAGGCACCUGCCCCGUGUGGCGAGCCACAUCAAGAAGAGACUGUUCAUGUUCCGAUUUGGGGACAGCAGGACGAGGAUGAACUGGGUCCACGUGUGCAACCUGGUGCAGGCACACGUGCUAGCAGCCGAGGCCCUCACCGCCAGCAAGGGCUACGUGGCCAGUGGGCAGGCGUACUACAUCAAUGACGGGGAGAGUGUCAACAUCUUCGAGUGGAUGGCCCCACUGUUUGAGAAGCUGGGGUACAGCAAGCCCUGGAUCCAGGUUCCUACUUCCUGGGUUUACCUGUCAGCCACGGUGAUGGAGUAUUUGCACCUGGCCCUGAAGCCCAUCUGCAGCCUCCCGCCGCUGCUCACCCGGAGUGAGGUGCGCAGCGUGGCCGUGACGCACACCUUCCAGAUCGCUAAGGCCCGCGCUCAGCUUGGCUACGUGCCCGACAAGUUCAGCUUCGCAGACGCCGUGGAGCGAUACGUGCAGUCGACGGGCCAGGGAACCCGCGGCUCCACACCGCGGACGCUCCUGCGGCUGCUGCUCGGGCUGCUGCUGCUCCUUGGCCUGCUCGUGCUGGCCCUGCACUUCCUAGGCCCGCGGCCGUUCGUCGUCUGACCAUCGUCGCCGGCCUGUCCCUGCCCCUGCUUCGCCUUCAGGACUUGGACCUGACCCUGCUCCGCCCUCCGGACUUGGGCGCUCCCUUGAGUCCUGGGCUUGUCCCUGCCCCACCCUCUGGGCUUGGAUCUGCCUAGCAGGUCUUCCGCUUGGAUAUUCCGGCGUUCUAACCCCGCCCCUGUCCCGCCCUCUGGGUUUCGACGUGCCCCUGCCCCGCCUCUUGAGCCCUGACCACGCCCCUUCCCCUCCCUCCGGCCUUGGUCUCCCUCUGACCUGGCCGGCAUGCCUACGAGAAGGUCCUAUCUUCACAGCCUGCUCCGCCUUCCAGGUCUUCUCCCCGCCCCUGCCCAGGCCUGGCCCGCCCCCGCGUUCUCCCCUGCUCUGGUCCGCCCCGUUUCUGGCUCUAGCCGAACGCCUGAAUCCUCGCCUUGGUUUCUCCUUUGAGAGAAAAAGUUGCAGAACAGAAAAGAACAUUUGUCUUGUUGGAGGUUUACAGGAACAUGAUGACCUGACCUAUGUGGACAGCUGCGAGAACAAAGGAUUGCAGCACCAAGAAGUUUACAACAACUAACCACACCCCCUCCCCUUUUAAUAUAAAAGCCUGAGUUCUAACAUGGGGAAGAUGGUUCUUUGGGACACCAGUCUACCACCUUCUCACUCUGCUGGCUUUCCAAAUAAAGUUGCUAUUCCUUGCCCCAAUACCUCGUCUCUCAAUUU